AUGGAGCCCUCCUCGUUCAGCGGCGCUCCCCGCUUCCUGACGCGGCCCAAGGCCUUCGCGGUGUCUGUGGGCAAGGACGCCACGCUCAGCUGCCAGAUCGUGGGCAACCCCGCGCCGCAGGUGAGCUGGGAGAAGGACCGGCAGCCGGUGGAGGCGGGCGCGCGCUUCCGCCUGGCGCAGGACGGCGACCUGUACCGCCUCACCAUCCUGGACCUGGCGCUCGGCGACAGCGGGCACUACGUGUGCCGCGCGCGCAACACCAUCGGCGAGGCCUUCGCGGCCGUGGGCCUGCAGGUGAACGCCGAGGCGGCGUGCGCGGAGCAGGCGCCCCACUUCCUGACGGCGGUGCGCGUGGGUGACACGGCCCUGUUCUGUGUGGAGCUGGCCCGGCCCGAGGGCCCCGUCCGCUGGCUGUGCAACCAGCAGGAGGUGGUGGCCGGGGGCCGUGUGGCCAUCACCGCUCAAGGCACCUGCCACACGCUGACCAUUGCCCAGUGCAGCCUGGAGGACGUGGGCGAGGUGGCCUUUGUUGCCGGGGACUGUCGGACGUCCACCCAGUUCUGCGUGUCGGCCCCCAGGAGGCCGCCCCUGCUGGCGCCGGAAGCCCCGGUGGUGAAGUCCAGGACCGAGGGUUCCGUGACUCUGGGCUGGUCCCCGCCGCCCCCCGGGGGCCGCCCUGUGGCCGUCGACGGCUACGUGGUGGAGAGGAAGCGGCUGGGCGCCUACGCCUGGACCCGGUGCCACGAGACCGAGUGGGUGGCCACCGCGGAGCUGACCGUGGCGGGCGUGGCCCAGGAGGGGGAUUUCCAGUUCCGAGUGUCUGCCGUGAACAGCUCUGGCCAGAGCCCCUACCUGGAGUUCCCAGGGACCGUCCACUUGGGGGCUGCGGGGCGUUUGGGGAGGCCGGCGCCCUUCCUGACGCCCCGCACAGUCCCCCAGCUGGCCGUGAAGACUCCCCUAAAGGCCGUGGAGGCGGUGGAGGGCGGCGAGGUUUCCUUCUCCGUGGACCUCACGCUGGUGUCCGCGGGCAAGUGGCUCCUGGACGGGCAGGCCCUGGAGGCUGGUGGCCGGUACAGCAUCCGCUGCGAGGGCGCGCGGCACACACUGGUCAUCCGCCAGGUGCCCGCCUGCCUGCAGGGCGCCGAGCUCAAGUUCGUGGCCAACGGCGUGCAGAGCAGCGUCCGCCUGGACGUCCGAGGUCCGGGCCCAGGCGCGGGCGAUCCGCUGGUGGUGCAGCAGGCGGGGCCGGCGGACGCCGGGGAGUACAGCUGCGAGGCGGGGGGCCGGCGCGUGACCUUCCGCCUGCAGGUCCAAGAGCCGGCGCCCCAGCCCCCGGCCCCAGAGCGGGCGAGCCGCAGGGAGCCGAUGGUGGUCAGGGAACACGAGGACAUUGUGCUGACCGCCAUGCUAGCCGCUCCCUCUGUGGCUGCUGUGACCUGGCUGAAGGACGGCGUGGAGCUUCGUCGCAGCAAGCGGAUGGAGAUGGCCAGCCUGGGCGACACCCACACCCUGACCGUGCGGGGGGCGCAGACCCUGGACAGCGCCGUAUACAGCUGCCGCGUGGGCACGGGGGGGCAGGACUUCCCGGUGCAGGUGGAAGAGGUGGCCGCCAAGUUCUGCAGGCCCUUGGAGCCGGCAAGCGCGCCACUGGGCGGCUCGGUGACCCUGACCUGCGAGCUGAGCCCGGCGCAGGCGGAGGUGGUGUGGCGCUGCGGGGCCACGGAGCUGCGGGCCGGCAAGCGCUUCCAGAUGGCAGCAGAGGGCCCGCGGCGCUCGCUGACCGUGUGCGGCCUGCGGGCGGAGGAUGCGGGCGAGUACUCGUGCGAGAGCAGGGAUGACCGCACCAGCGCGCGGCUCAGCGUCGUGGCCCCCCGCCAAGUCAAGUUCACGUCCGGCCUGAGCGCCGUGGUGGCCGAGGAGGGCCAGGAGGCCGCCUUCCAGUGCGUGGUGUCGCCUGCAGACGCGGUGGUCGCCUGGCUCCGCGACGGUGCCCUGCUGCAGCCCAGCGACAAGUUCGUCAUCACGCAGAGCGGCGCCGGCCGCAGCCUGGUCAUCUGCAACCUGGCCCUGGACGACGCAGGCCAGAUCACUGCCGAGGCCGAGGGCGUCCAGGUCUCCGCGGCCCUGCGGGUCCGAGAGGCCCCGGUGCUGUUCAAGAAGAGGCUGGAGCCUCAGACGGUGGAGGAGCGGAGCCCCGUCAGCCUGGAGGUGGAGCUGACGCGGCCCUGGCCUGAAGUGGGGUGGACGCGGAACGCCGUGGCCCUGGUGCCUGGGGGGAACGUGGAGAUCCACGCCGAGGGUGCUCGCCACCGCCUGGUCCUCCACUGCGUGGGCUUCGAGGACCGUGGCUUCUACGGCUGUGCAACGCCCGACGACAAGACACAGGCCAAGCUCUCGGUGGAAGUGCGUCAGGUGCGCGUGGUGCGGGGCCUGCAGGCGCUGGAGGUGCGGGAGCAGGGCACGGCGACCAUGCAGGUGCAGCUGUCCCACGCGGACGUGGAGGGCAGCUGGACGCGCGACGGUCUGCGGCUGCAGCCAGGGCCCACGUGCCGCCUGGCCGCGAGCGGCCCCACCCACACGCUCACGCUCUCGGCGCUGCGGCCACAGGAUGGGGGUCUCGUGGCCUUCAAGGCCGAGGGCGUACACACCGCGGCGCAGCUGGUGGUCACUGAGCUGCCUGCGAGGUUCACGCGCCCGCUGCAGGACGUGGUGGCCACGGAGAAGGACAAGGUGACCCUGGAGUGUGAGCUCUCUCGCGACGUGGAAGUGCGCUGGCUGAAGGACGGUGUGGAGCUGCCGGUGGGCAAGGCGGUGGGCGUGGUGGCCCAGGGCACCCGCCGCGGCCUGGUCAUCUACCGCUGCGAGCGCGCGGACCAGGGGGUGUACGUGUGCGACCUGCCGGUGACGGUGCUGCGCCCGCUGCGGGACAAGAUCGCCAUGGAGAAGCACCGCGGGGUGCUGGAGUGCCAGGUGUCCCGCGCCAGCGCCCAGGUGCGCUGGCUCAAGGGCGGGGCGGAGCUGCGGCCCGGGCCCAAGUACGAGAUGGUGAGCGAGGGCCUCUACCGUAAGCUGGUCAUUAACGACGUCCAGCCUGGUGACGAAGACACCUACACCUGUGACGCUGGAGACGCGAAAACCAGCGCCCAGUUCUUCGUGGAAGAGCAGUCCAUCACCAUCGUGCGGGGCCUGCAGGACGUGACGGUCGUGGAGCCCGCCCCAGCCUGGUUCGAGUGCGAGACCUCUAUCCCCUCGGUGAAGCCGCCCAAGUGGCUCCUGGGGAAGACGGUGCUGCGCGCGGGGGCGGACGUGGCCAUGGAGCAGCAGGGCGCCGUGUACCGCCUGGCGCUGCGGCGCACCUUCUCCACCAUGACCGGCCCGGUGCAUUUCACCGUGGGCAAGUCGCGCUCCAGCGCCCACCUAGUGGUCUCAGACCUGCACGUGGGCAUCACGAAGAGACUGAAGACGGUAGAGGUGCAGGAGGGCGAGAGCUGCAGCUUCGAGUGCGUCCUGUCCCACGAGAAUGCCAGCGACGCAGCCGUGUGGACCCUGGGGGGACAGCCCGUGGGCACCUCCGGUCGCUUCCGGGCCACGCGCCAGGGCCGCAAGUACACCCUGGCCAUCCGGGAGGCCGCGCCUGGCGACGCCGGGGAGGUGGUCUUCUCCCUGCGGGGCCUCUCUUCCAAGGCCUCGCUCAUCGUCAGGGAGAGGCCGGCCGACUUCGCCAGGCCGCUGGCGGACCAGCAGGCCGCACCGGGUGAGGACGUGCGUCUGAGCUGCGAGCUGUCGCGGGCGGGCGCCCCGGUGCGCUGGCUGCGGGACGGGAAGGCCAUUCGCCAGGGCCCCAAGUUCCAGGUGCUCACGGAGGGCGCACACACAGUGCUGGUGGUCCGGGCCGCCGCGCCCGCGGACUCGGGCGAGUACACGUGCGAGGCCGAGGGCGUCCGCAGCUCCGCCAGGCUCUGCGUGGAGGAAACAGCAAACGGGUUCACGGAGGAGCUGAGCGACCUGCAGCUGGAGGAGAAAGGCACCGCCGUGCUCCAGUGCCGGACGGCGCUGCCCGCGGCCAGUGUGACCUGGCGCAAAGACCAUGCGGAGCUGCGGCCGUCAGGGCGGCUGGCGCUCAGCCAGGACGGGCUGACCCUGCGGCUGACCAUCAGCGCCCUGGGGCAGGGGGACAGCGGCACCUACACCUGUGACAUCGGCCAGGCCCGCACCCAGGCGCGGCUCCUGGUGCUCGGCCAGAAGGUGCUCAUCUCCGAGGGCCUGGAGGCCGUGGAGGUGCCAGAGGGCUCCUCCGCCUCCUUCCGCUGCUGCGUCUCUCCCGCUGACUUCGGGCCCGUCCAGUGGUUCUUGGACAAGACCCCCCUGCACCCCAGUGAGCGCAGUGAGAUCGAGGUCCAGCCAGGUGGUUACCAUGUUCUGACGCUGCGGCAGCUGGCGCUCAGGGACGAGGGCACUGUCCACUUCGAGGCGGGCGACCAGCGGACCUCAGCUGCCCUGCGGGUCACAGAGAGGCCCAGCGCCUUCUCCCAGGAGCUCAUGGACACCACCGUCACUGAGGGCGAGGACCUGACCCUUGCCUGCGAGACCACUGCCCCUGACAGCCCAGUGUCCUGGACCAAGGAUGGAAAGGCCCUGCGGCCAUCCACACACUGCCAGCUCAGCCAGGAGGGCGGCCGUGCCCAGCUGGUCAUCACAGGCGUCACCUUGCAGGACGGCGGGCGCUACAAGUGCGAGGUCGCAGGUUCCAGCAGCAGCGCCAUCGUCAGGGUCCACGCCACGCCGGUGAGGUUUCGCGAGGGCCUGAAAGACGUGGAAGUGCACGCGGGCGGGGCGGCCACCCUGCGGUGCAUGCUGUCCUCUGUGGCCGCCCCCGUGGAGUGGCGCCGGGGAGACCAGGUCCUGCAGCAGGGGGCCAAGUACAGCCUGCGGCAGGAUGGUGCAGCGCUGGAGCUGGUGGUGCGGGACCUGCAGCCCCAAGACAGCGGGCAGUAUGCCUGCCACUUCGGGGACCAGGUGACCCGGGCCACGCUCACCGUGAGGGCCCCGGUGUUCCUGACCCAGCUGCACAACCAGGAGGUGCUGGACGGCUACCCCGUGAGCUUCGACUGCGUGGUGGCAGGCCAGCCGGCGCCCAGCGUGCGCUGGUUCAAGGACGGGCGGGUGCUGGAGGAGGAUGACCACUACAUGAUCACGGACGACCAGCAGGGCGGCCACCAGCUCAUCAUCACCGCCGUGGUGCCGGCGGACAUGGGCGUCUACCGCUGCCUGGCGGAGAACAGCGUGGGCGUGUCCUCCACCAAGGCGGAGCUGCGGGUGGACCUGACCAGCACCGACUAUGACACUGCAGCUGACGCCACUGAGACCUCAUCCUACUUCAGUGCUCAAGGCUACCUGUCCAGCCGGGAGCAGGAGGGCACGGAGUCCCCCUCCGAGGAGGGGCAGCUGCCGCAGGUGCUGGAGGAGCUGAGGGACCUUCAGGUGGCCCCUGGCUCGCGGCUGGCCAAGCUUCAGCUCAAGGUGAAAGGCUCCCCGGCACCCCGCCUCUACUGGUUCAAGGACGGGCAGCCUCUGGCUGCGUCUGCCCGCGUCCGCAUGACUGACCGCAGGACGCUGCACACCCUGGAGAUCCUCUCGGUCACCCGUGAGGACAGUGGCCAGUACUCGGCCUACAUCAGCAACGCGCUGGGCGCUGCCUACUCAUCCGCUCGCCUGCUGGUCCGAGACCCCAGCGAGCCAGAGGAGACGCUGCCGUCAGAGGUGCAGCAGCAGCUGGUGCCACCACGAAUCCUGGAGAGGUUUUCGCCCAAGAAGGUGAAGAAGGGUGCCAGCAUCACCUUCUCCGUGAGGGUGGCAGAGCCCCCGGUGGGGGCGGCCCGCGAGCCCCUGUCCCUGGCCGAGGUGGGCACGGAGGAGUUCCUGCAGAAGCUCACCUCCCAGAUCACGGAGAUGGUGUCUGCCAAGAUCACGCAGGCCCAGCUGCAGGUGCCAGGAGGUGACAGCGACGAGGAGUCCAAGACGCCCUCAGCAUCCCCCCGGCACGGCCGCUCACGCCCUUCCUCCAGCGUCCAGGAGUCGUCCUCGGAGUCGGAGGACGGGGACUCUCGGGGCGAGAUCUUUGACAUCUACGUGGUCACGGCCGACUACCUGCCGCUGGGGGCGGAGCAGGACGCCAUCGCGCUGCGGGAGGGCCAGGUCGUGGAGGUGCUGGACGCUGCCCACCCGCUGCGCUGGCUCGUGCGCACCAAGCCCACCAAGUCCAGCCCCUCGAGGCAGGGCUGGGUGUCCCCCGCCUACCUGGACAGACGUCUCAAGCUGUCACCGGAGUGGAGCCCCGCGGAGGCCCCUGAGUUCCCAGGGGAGGCUGUGUCUGAGGUCGAGUACAAGACGAGGCUGAGCGGGCAGACGUGCGCGCUGUUGGAGCAGGCCUACGCCGUGGUGUCGGCGCUGCCGCGGCGCGCGGAGGACCGGCUGCACGUGUCGCUCGUGGAGAACUACCCGGGCACCCUGGAGGCCCUGGGCGAGCCCAUUCGCCAGGGCCACUUCAUCGUGUGGGAGGGCGCGCCUGGCGCGCGGAUGCCCUGGAAGGGCCACCACCGGCACGUCUUCCUGUUCCCGCACCACCUGGUCAUCUGCAAGCCCAAGCGGGACUCCCGCACCGACACCUUCAGCUACGUCUUCCGGAACAUGAUGAAGCUGAGCGGCGUCGACCUCAACGACCAGGUGGAGGGGGACGAGCGCGCCUUCGAGGUGUGGCAUGAGCGGGAGGGCUCCGUGCGCAAGUUCCUGCUGCAGGCGCGCACGGCCACCACCAGGCACGCCUGGGUCAGGGAGAUCCGCAGCCUGCAGCAGCGCCUGGCCCUGCCUGCCUGGCGGCCCCCGGACUUCGAGGAGGAGCUGGCCGACUGCACCGCCACCCUGGGCGAGACGGUCAAGCUGGCCUGCCGUGUGACGGGCACCCCUGCCCCUGUCGUGAGCUGGUACAAAGGUGGGCCCUUGGGCGCGGUCUGCUGAGGUGUGGUCUGCUGAGGGGCAGCCCGCAUCUAGGGAGACCUGCCCGCCA